UAAUGUGGCUGCACGAUCCGUACGGCUUACGUGAUGACACGAGGGGCUACGGAGAGACACUGAGCUGUGCUCGCGAUGGUUACUACGCGGAGUUGAUUACGGCAGCUGACGUCACGGAGCAAGUGAUGAAAAUUCUGCGCGUGUUGGAGCGCCCUCUGGUAGGGCAGAGGGAACAGCGCCUUACCGUCUACAGUGAUGUCUACGCUAAUAUUGAGGACCCUAGAAGAGGAGAGUAUUAUUGGAAGCAGAAGGAAAAUGCCGAACAAGUGUACAGAUACAAACUUUUGCGUAAAAACAAAAAGAAGUUACUCAAUCAAUCUCAGUUAUACAAAGACUACCGACGACAGUUAAGUCUGGAUGAAUACGGUUAUUAUUACGAAGGCGAAGAUUUAAAUUAUCGUCUUCUAAUCACUGUCUCCGUACCAGUAUUCGACCACACUACAUUAGAAAAUAUCACAAUCAAACUAGACGAGGAAAAACAAAGAAACUCUACACGAACGUACCCUGUGAAUAGACUGCUCGGCGUGGCUGGUGUCGAUAUACCUAUUGACCAUUUAAAACUAUACGUACCAUAUUACCAGCUUGGACCUGCAGGAUCAUUUAUUCUCCUAGACCAUCGAGGCAGUAUUGUGAUACAUGAUAAUUUAAAGCCAGUGUUUGACGGUGAUAUAUUAAAACCAGGCUACCGUACUGUGGAUUUUUUAGACUUGGAACAAUCCGCAGCUGAUCAUUUACCAAGAGAAUAUCCUAAAGACUGGAUCGAGUUCAGAAAAACUCUUGUACUCGAUCAACAUGAGGGUAAUAAGACAAUGUACAGCAAAUAUAUUUACGAUGAAGGUAUGCGAGCGUUGUUAGAGACGCAACAGUACCAUUGGAAACGUAUUCUAGAACAUUAUACGGCAGUGGUGAUACUACCUAAUAAAGAAGGCAGGCAUGCGGUACCAAACACAAAGCGAUUCACGCAGCAACUAGCUAAGGAGGCGUACAAGACGUUGUCGGAGACGGAUUUCUGUACACAUCCUGAUUGGUUAUACUGUCAGCACGUGGAGCCACAAUUCGAUUCGCAAAAGGAUGAGAUCUUGUACUUCAUGAAGCGACGGAAAAAUGAUCCGAAUUUUCAAAUGCAGAAUCUCAGACAUAGCUUCUCGCCAAUACCACCAACAUUACAAGAAAAACCUUAUCAAUGUAACGAAGAACUAAUGGCGCGAAUAUCAGCGGAGGCGAUAGCAACAGCGCAAUGGUCGGAGAUAGAUGAGGACCAGGACUGCUCCACCUGCCAGCUCGGCUCCGUCAUCGCAUUCUUUGCCUGUGAGAGUGGUCUGACCCGAUGGCAAUACUACGAGGCGACGAGCCCGCACGCGGUGCCCCCGACGGGCGCGGCGUGGUCGCGGGGCGCCACCGAGCCCUGGUUCACGCGCGCAGCUGCGCAUGCGCCCGCGCUCAUCAUACACGCGCCUUUAGCGCCCAUUCGGCGUUUCCGCAACACUGGCAUUCCGCAACCACAAGUAAGUGAGCAUCAGAUGUGGCUGACGGCAGCACGCGUGCUCGACUACGGCAUCAAGGGCAUGCUCGGCGUCGCCGGCUUCCACUUCUAUCCCAGACAUCUCGACGACCUGCUCAAAACUGUCACUAAUAUACAUUGUCCUGAAGAAGACGAGAGUAAAUGCGAGCCUCGCUGCGACAACAAGGAUUGGUCGUGCGUACUUAUAGACGAGGAGGGUUGGAUCGUGUCUAAAGUGCGUGAGGAUUUGGACGAUGACAUAGAAACGGAACCAUUGAGAGAUCACCUCGCGAAUGUGCAUCCCGCGGCGAUGGCAGCGCUACUCAAUGCGAGCGUGUUUAAACUACACUGGAUACAUGACUACCAAGGCGUCUGUUUCCCACCGGAAAAUGAAAAAAUACGUGCCGCUGCACCUUCUUUACCGUCGAUCCUGCGUUCAUUGUGGCUUUCAAUUAAGACUAUCUUCCACAUUAGUAAUGACUUUGCCACAGUCCUUUUACUAAGCACUGGUAAGAGCGUGACAGCAGAAACAGAAGCAGAGAAGAUGAAAAGACACAGACGCGUGCAGAAAGAUUUCGAAAGAGAGAAAUACGAGCGAUUGUACGAUCGACGCGUGCUUGUCAAUAGAACACGGUUCGCGGCCUGCGAUCGUUCUAGACCUAUCUAUCAAUUGCAGCGUACAACAAAAGCAAUGGAAGCUUUGCGUCGUAGUGCGCACGCAUGUCGCUGGCCGUUAGCCGCCGCGCCCGUACCCGCAACUAAUUUGAUCCUGUUAGCCGUGUACAACGCCUGUCCAUACCCCGGAAGACCGCUCAACAACCCACUGACCAAUGAAAGGGUGGAGAUGGCGGACGGUCGCGCAGGUCUGGAGCCGUCAGCGAGCCGGCUUGCAUGCUGGCGUAACCGGGUACCUCUGCCAGGCCGCCCGCCUCACGUGCAAUGCUUCCCACACAACUACUCAUAUGAAGAGGGAUACCGACAAUGUGGUCCCUGGCUGCCAGAUCCAGAAAAUAAUGCGAGGAAUCAUUUCAUAUCAAAAAUUCUUAUUUUCUUAGCUUGUGUUAUUUCAUUGAUUUAAGUAAAUUGGUAAUUUAAAAGCA